CUUCAAGACACUAAAGACCUUAAAUAUUGCAGAACCUCCUGAAUUUGUCGAGAAACAGUUUGAUCAGAAUGUUCGAGUAAUUAGCGGUUCACCACUAAGCUUGGCCUGUCUCGUAAAAGGUUCUCCAACUCCUCUGCUGGAAUGGAGAAAGGAUGGCCAGACAAUUACAGAAAAUGUGUUCAGUGAUAACGGACAACGACUGACAAUGGAUUCGCAAGGAAUGACAACGCAUCGUUUCACUUGUCUUGUGUCGAACAAAGCUGGAUCGAUUGCGAGAGAUUUCUUUGUGCAGAGCGUUGCACCACCAACCAUCAAAGAUGCCGGUGACCGCACGAUUGUUGAAGUUACGGAGGGACAAACAGCAAUGCUUCAAUGUCCUGUAGUUGGAGGAGAUGUUGACAUAACGUGGAGAAGACAAGGACGAACCAUUGAGGAAUCUGAGGGUAUUUUCACUGUGGAUAAAACUAACCUUAUGUUGGUAAAUGCUCAAAAAGACCAUGAGGACACUUUCACUUGCAUUGCUAAAAACAGUGCGGGUGAAGCUGCGCGAGACUUUGAAGUUGUGGUGUUAAUUGCUCCACAUAUCAAGGGAUCGCUGGUGGAAGAUGUGGAAGUCGAUGGACGGCCAGUAGCUGGUCUCAAAUCAGUUAAAACGCUUUCUGAGGGCCAACAAUUCAAGAUUAGCCAUGCCGAAACGAGCCAUCGUGGAUCGUAUGCAUGUCACGCCAAGAAUGACGUAGGAAGCGCUGAGAUCAACUUUGAUGUGGAUAUUAUCACAAGGCCUGCGGUGCUACGAGGAAUUAAGGACACUGUGGAAGUGUUUGAAGGUGGCAUAGCGCAUUUCCGUUGCCCAAUUGCAGAGAAAAACUUCAAAGGACACGUCACAUGAAAAGAUGGGCACUUGGCAAGAGGUGAGAGCAUUGUCGAUGUAGAAGCGGCUGGAAUUGCCCGUUUGAUUAAUUCAAAACGCGGAUGCCAUUGA